ACGAUGUUGGGAAGAUCAAUUAAGAUUGAAGCAAGAUGAUUUUAUAUCAGAGUGUGAUUUAUAUAUUGCUUGUUUAAUUCUUCAGAAACAGAACGAAUACAUUGAUGGUAAAAAAGAAAACAUAGUUAUACCAAGUAUAAAAAUGAAACAAAUUAGAGAACAGAAUGAAAUGCGUACUCAAGAACAAACAGCAAUUGCAAAUCAAUCAAUGAAAGAUUCUACUGAUGCUAAUAUGACUACAUUAUCAACAAAUGAAUCUAUAUCUUCACAAUCUGCAGUUGAUUCAACAACAAAAUCAGCAAAAUCUGCUGAUCAAAAUCACAUAAAACCAAACAAAUCAAUACCUUCAACUAGCACUGAACAGGAUCAAUUAGUAAAUUCAACGUCAUUGAAUCCUUGUGUUCUUUGUUUAACAGAAGAAAUAAGAUUAGCUUGUAUACCUUGUGAUCAUUUAGCAACAUUUUAA